CAGUUUCAAAUGUAUAAACAGUCCCUUUAAUAAAAUUUAAACUCCACUAACUUCAGAUAGAAUGAGAAUAUUAUGAUUAGUGUCUGGUUAACUACCGACCUCGAGGCCCCCCAUGUUGGGGGAUUCUUUGCAGAGGUCAAAUACUUUCCAACCGGCGAUCUUGAGGAAAAGGUUACUAAAGCGCUAGCAGCUGGUGGAGCUAAGAAGACAGCAUAUCUCAGUGGAGGCAACACACACUGCAUUGUUGGAGUCAAUCCGGAGUACAAUGAUAUCAAUGAGGCUACUGAAAUGCUUGAUGUACCUGCAGUGAUUCAAGAUUGGGUUCUAGCGUCUCUACACUGCAAAAAGAUUCUCCCACUACAGGGAUUUUCUCCGUCUGAAAGCCGAGUGUUCCAUGGAUUGAAGAUAUGCUUGAUAAACCUGGAUUCUGAGGAUAUAGAUUCACUUUGGGGAAUUGUUAACUUCAACGGGGGCAGGGUUUCAAAGGAAUUGAGCAGCGAUGUGACACAUUUAGUGACCAGUAAGCCGGGAGGAGAAAUAUAUAGCAGCGCAUUAACAUUACCAAACCUGAAACCAGUAUCUCCAGAUUGGAUUCUUGACUCAAUCAAAGCAGGAGCGAGGAGCGAGGAAGCGCUUUAUCAUCCCCGUCUCUUGAACCUACCGGAGAACCGUCCCAAACCAGUAUUUGUACCUGCUCCGACAACGGAGAAACCUGCGGUAACAUCUCAGGAAGUAGAAAAAGUCACCAGCCAGGCGAGUAAGCUUCAAGUCAACUCACCACGCCUUCCGGUUCCACCCCAACCUACACGCUUACCUGGACCACCUAACGCUUCUCGACUACCUGGUCCACCUCAGCCUGUUCGUCUGCCUGGCCCACCUCAACCUGUCCGCCUCCAAGCACCUACAAGACUAUCAAUGGUCCGGCCGACCUUACCACAUGGGAUUAGACAGCAGAACUUUCCAGGUGUCCAGCAACAUUUGGGAGGAACACCAGCUGGAGUUCAGACUAAACUCCGUCCUCAAAACCCUCAUCAACUAUCUCAGCAGUUCCAAAUGAAACAACAGACCCGCCCCGGAGGCCCUGGUGGCUCUGUUUUAGGUCAAGAGCAAACCUCGGUUCUCAGCACUCAACAGAAAAAUACCAUUUCGAAGUCUGAUCAACAUCACAUAGCCAAUCAACAGCUUCAACAGUUAUCUGGACAACAGUCAGGACUUCCCCCAGGACAGCAGACAAGACAACAGGUGGGACAGCAACCAGGACAGCAACCAGGACAGCAACCAGGACAGCAACCAGGACAGCAAGCUGGACAGCAACCUGGACAGCAAACAGGACAACAGCUGGGACAGCAGUCUGACCAACAGGUUGGAAAGCAGCCUGGGCAGCAGUCUGUACAACAGCUUGGACAGCAGCCUGGACUACAGCUGGGACAGCAGUCUGUACAACAGCUUCGUCAGCAGCCAGGACAGCAGCCAGGACAACAAAUAGGACAGGAGCUUGAACUACAACAUGGACAGCAGUUUCUUCAACAACAAGGACAGCAACCGGGACAACAGUCUGGUCAACAGAAUGGUCAACAGCCUGGACAAAAGCCUGGUCAACUGCCUGGUCAACAGCCUGGUCAACAGCCUGGUCAACAGCCUGGUCAACAGCCUGGUCAACAGCCUGGUCAACAGCCUGGUCAACAGCCCGCUCAACAGCCCGGACAACAGCCUGGACAACAGCCUGGACAACAGCCUGGUCAACAGCCUGGUCAACAGUCUAGUCAACCGGGUGGACAACAGCCUGGUCAGCAGUCUGGACAACCUCAUGGCCAACAGCUUGGUCAACAACUAGGGCAUUCAGGACAGCAGCCUGGACAAUAUCCUGGCCAGCAGCUUGGUCAACAACCAGAACAUUCAGGACAGCAUUCAGGACAACUGCUAGGACAGCCUCCUGGUAAACAGCAAGGACAGCAACUGGAUCAACAGCAAGGACAGCAGUCAGGUCAUCAACUAGGACAGCAGCCUGGUCAGCAGCCAGGUCCACAACUAGGUCAACCUCAGCAGCAGAAUACUGGAGCAGGCCACCAAGCUCAGGAUGGAAGUAUGAUUGGCCAGCAGAGUUCAAUGAUGCAGCUGCAAAACACCCCUAGUUUACAGCAGAACGUUCCUGGUUCACAGCAGAGCAUGGUCUCGCGACAAAGUAUAAUGGUCUCACAGCAGAGCAACCAGGCUACACAGCAGAAUCCAAUGAUGGCACAGCAGAUCCGUCCUGGUCAUACUUUAGUUCAAGGUCAACAAAUCAUUAACAGACCCCAGAUGCCUGGAAUGCUUCAUGGAGCCCCUCACCAAGUACCUGGAGCACCCCAUCAGGUUGUUCGGAUCCAGGGAUCCCAACAGUUCACUGUCCAAGGAGGACAGGUGAGGAUGCAGGGAGGAGUUGAUCAACAAGGUCAACCACAUCCAGCAAUCCUUCAACAGCAUGAACAGCUUCGGUUGCAACAGCAGCAGCAACAGAUGC